AGAGAUCAGAUCACAUAUAUAAACAAGCUACACGAACUGAAGCAACGACAAGUCGGUCUAUGGUGCACAAAGACCAGGUUCAGGAAAUGGUCGGCUGACACUGCUGAUGGAGAUUCUAAUCCAAGAGAAGAAACAACAAUUAGACAGGGAGAAACCCAGAUCACCACCACCACCACCACCGCUGAAACAGUAUUUUAUUACUACUACCAGAGCAGCCGCCUUUUUUCCAUGCCAAUGCCAAUAAUACGCCUCUCCCUUUUCGGGGCAUAAACACACCGCCCGCCCAGCAGACCGUCAUCGUCGUGACUAACCAAGUCUAGCUAGGCCCUAAUCAGCACUUGUUCGAUCCACCGCUCGCUCACAAGUGAAGAGAGAGCCGCCGCCCCAGCCCCAGAGCAGCUCAGAGACCUCAAGAGUCAAGAGGGGAGAAAUAAAGGAAGACGACGACGACGUACGUACGCCAUCGCCAUGGGGAGAGCUCCGUGCUGCGACAAGGCUACUGUGAAGAAGGGCCCGUGGUCACCGGAGGAGGACGCCAAGCUCAAGUCCUACAUCGAGCAGAACGGCACCGGCGGUAACUGGAUAGCCCUGCCGCAGAAGAUAGGUUUGAAGAGGUGCGGCAAGAGCUGCCGCCUCCGGUGGCUCAACUACCUCCGGCCAAACAUCAAGCACGGCGGGUUCUCGGAUGAGGAGGACAUGAUAAUCCUUAGCCUCUACAUCAGCAUAGGCAGCAGGUGGUCGAUAAUAGCGGCGCAGCUGCCGGGAAGGACGGACAACGACAUAAAGAACUACUGGAACACGAGGCUCAAGAAGAAGCUCUUCGGCAAGCCGUUUAAAAAAGGUAUUCGGCAAGGUUCCUUUUUUCUAGAGAAAAACUAGAGCCGAAGCCCUACCAAACAGGGCUCGUAGAACAAUUGUGAAAAGGGCAAGUAUAAAGAGGUAGGAAACAUUGUUUACUUAAAUAAUUCCAUAUAUAGUAAUUAAAUAUCUCUCCAUAAUUCAGAGAGUAAUCCAUGCUUAUGGGUUAUUGCAUCAUCUAUUUCCAAGAUGCAUGCAAUUUAUGCGGUGUGUUCAUUCCGUGUGGAAUUAGUGCGUUGCCUCUUUCUUAGCUGCGCCUUUUUCUGCAUGCACCAUAUAUCACAUAUCUCGCUUUAUUGUUCUGUUCUUCCUUUGCUUUGCGGCAUCCUGCGUGUGUUAUCGGUUAAUAUACCGGCAAGCAUUCAGGAGGACCGCGUGUUUGAGGGGAAAUGAGCACCGUAUAGAACAAGGUUUUUUUUAAAAACCAUAAUUUUUAAAAUACUAUAAUAUACUUUAGUCAUGACAAUUCUACAAUUUAGAAUACUACAAUUUUGAAAACUGACUAUAGUAUUUACAAUACUUCAGUUUUAAAAAUAAAGAUUUUAGCUAGCUUGUUAAACACCAUUAUGUAUAUAAUACUAUAAUAUUUAAGAAUACUAUAUUAUUUUUCUAAAAAUGUAAAAAAAACUUUUCACUAAAUGUCCGACGGUUCAAUCCUUAUGUCCGACGGCUUUGGCCGUCGGAAAUUGUUCCUUUUACUGUAGUGACUCCCAAACAGCUACACACAUGCAAGAUUAGUACACGUACAGCUCAAACAAUAGAAUAGUAAACAGUGCAACUUAUCCUAUGCAUGUGAGAUCCCGGUAUAUAUAUAUAUAUCGUGUUUAGGCAUCUAUACAAGCAGAGAGAUCAGAUCACAUAAACAAGCUACACGAACUGAAGCAACGACAAGUCGGUCUAUGGUGCACAAAGACCAGGUUCAGGAAAUGGUCGGCUGACACUGCUGAUGGAGAUUCUAAUCCAAGAGAAGAAACAACAAUUAGACAGGGAGAAACCCAGAUCACCACCACCGCUGAAACAGUAUUAUAUUACUACCAGAGCAGCCGCCUUUUUCCAUGCCAAUGCCAAUAAUACGCCUCUCCCUUUUCGGGGCAUAAACACACCGCCCAGCUAGCAGACCGUCAUCGUCGUGACUAACCAAGUCUAGCUAGGCCCUAAUCAGCACUUGUUCGAUCCACAUCCACCGCUCGCUCACAAGUGAAGAGAGAGCCGCCGCCCCAGAGUAGCUCAGAGACCUCAAGAGUCAAGAGAGAGGGGAGAAAUAAAGGAAGACGACGUACGUACGCCAUCAUCGCCAUGGGGAGAGCUCCGUGCUGCGACAAGGCUACUGUGAAGAAGGGCCCGUGGUCACCGGAGGAGGACGCCAAGCUCAAGUCCUACAUCGAGCAGAACGGCACCGGCGGUAACUGGAUAGCCCUGCCGCAGAAGAUAGGUUUGAAGAGGUGCGGCAAGAGCUGCCGCCUCCGGUGGCUCAACUACCUCCGGCCAAACAUCAAGCACGGCGGGUUCUCGGAUGAGGAGGACAUGAUAAUCCUUAGCCUCUACAUCAGCAUAGGCAGCAGGUGGUCGAUAAUAGCGGCGCAGCUGCCGGGAAGGACGGACAACGACAUAAAGAACUACUGGAACACGAGGCUCAAGAAGAAGCUCUUCGGCAAGCAGUCGCGCAACAAGGACCAGCGGCAGCAGCAUCAGUUCAUGCGCCAGCUGGCGGGAUCAGCGGCAAGCGAUGGGAUGGUGAAGCAAGAAGCAGCAGCAGGUGGGGAUGCAGAUGCAGCAGCGGCCGGAAGCAGCAGCGUGGCAGUGGCGGCCACCUACAACUGGCACCACCAUGCCAUGGCCAUGGCCAUGCCGGUGCAACCAGUGCCAGGUAGUACAACGAUAAUGGAAGGCCAUCGCGCAGAGGCGGACGAGGUAGAUGAGUCGAUUCGGAAGCUUCUGUACAAGCUGGGAGGAGCUGCAGGCCCUUCCACAGCACUGUCGUCGGUUCCUCAGUGUGUUCGUCCAAUGUACGAGGAGCGAAGUGCAGCAAGCCUCAUGCCGCCGCCGCCGCCGCCGCCGUCAUGCCCGGCGGUGGUGGACGCCAGCAGCAGCGCCUCGCUUGACGAAGGCGGCGGCGUGCUUCCAGCGCUGGAGCUGGACCAGAGCUUCCACUUCGGCCAGGUUAAGCUGGAUGGCCUAGAAAGCUUCUUUGGCAUGGGUGGUCAGAGCGGCAUGAGGUGGUGGAGUGAGGCGAGCCCAUUGGUUUGCCCUAGUAGCACGGUGGCCGCGGCGUCUUCGAGCUCCCAUGGGAUGCAAAUGCAACAGUACUGCGUUGUUGUUGAUGAGCCGGGAAAGCUUGGGAUGAAUUAGUAGCCACUGCUGGCCCCUUUAUGUUUCCAUCUUCAUGCAUGAUUGCGGUGUAAAUUUGUGCUAGCAUUGAUUGGGAAUGGUGAAACAUGAGAGUUUCUUUGAAUUAAAAUCAAUAAGGUUUCUCACCAUUUUCAUAGAUGAGAGACUAUGAGGAGAUGCAUGGUUUCGAGGUAGUUCUCUUUCUACGAGUUUCUUUAAAUGAAAAUUUCAUCUACUCAGCCUACUGCUAUAGAAAAUACUACUCUAUUUGCAAUUUUGGCUUGUACGAACUGUAUUGUUCGAUCUGUUACUUUAUCUGAUGUGAAUAUAGUAUUUGUACCGAGUGCUAA